AUGGCAAUCCUGCUCGGGCGCGCCUUGCUCGAUAUGAACGGCUAUUUCGUUAGGCUUACCGAAAAUGCGUGCAAUAUGCUUGUGAAUUUCCGUAAUUAUCCACACCCCCCGUCUGAACCAGCAUUUGAGAGAAAUGCAGUUCUCUGUGUGGCGAUUUCGCUUGUGAGCGCAGGUUCGAAUGACUCGGUGAUGGAUUGA